UCAAAAUCUGAUCAUAAGGUAAUAAUUAGACUUUCGCUUAGUAUUAGGAUUAAGCUUUAUCGUUGAUUCAUUGGUUGAUUAUAUAAUAUGAGGUCAAUUCGACAGUUUACGAAUAACAAAACUUUAAACCAAUCUCCGGAUCCGCUAUUACUUUUAAAGCUGGAUUUCCGCCCAAGUAUAGUUAUUGUUUGAUAAAUUUAAAUUAAAUCAUUGUUAAAAAAUUUCAUAAAGAAAUGAGUUUAUUAAUAGGUAUUGAUGUCGGUGGAACCAACACCGAUUCUGUUUUGAUUGAUCCCAAGAAGACAACAGAGUCAACAAAACGUGGAGUAUUAGCUUGGAAUAAAUCCACUACUACUGCUGAUGUUUCUGAUGGUAUUGAAUCAGCAAUUGAUUCUUUAUUUAAACAAGUUCCUGAAGUGGAUAAAAGUGAAAUUUUAGCUGUUACUAUUGGUACUACCCAUUUUAUCAACGCAGUUAUUGAAAAAGAUAAAGCAAGACUAGAAAAAGUAGCUCUUCUCAGAUUAUGUGGGCCAUAUUCACGUAACUCUCCCCCAUUUGCCGACUUCCCAAAAGGGUUAAAGCUUAUUUUAGAGGGCUAUGUUGGACUUUUAGAUGGUGGUCACUAUGUCCAUGGUGAUCCAGUUAAACCAAUUAACAAGACUGAAGUAUUAACUCAUGUUGAGAAGAUUAAGGAAUUGGGUCUAAAAGCUGUGGCUCUUGUAGGACAAUUCUCUCCUAUGGUAAAAGAUCAUGAAGAUGAGGUUGCUGCAAUUAUUGCUGAAGAGAUUCCUGAUGUCAAAAUCGUUAAAUCUUAUGAAGUAGCUGGUAUUGGAUUUUUAGAACGUGAGAAUGCAGCUGUUUUAAAUGCUGCUAUAUUAAGAUUUGCUAAAAAGGUUAUUUCUUCUUUUAAUUCUGCUGUUUCCAGAAGAGGUCUUAAUUGUCCAGUUUUGUUAACUCAAAAUGACGGUACUGUCGUUUCUUCUGAUGUUGCUAGUAAAAUUCCUAUUAGUACUUUUUCGUCAGGAGCUACAAAUUCAAUGAGAGGAGCGUCAUUUCUUUGUCGUAAUGAUGAAUCACUUAAGGAUAGAUCUGUUAUCGUAGUAGAUGUAGGUGGAACUACUACUGAUGUUGGUUUGUUGUUAGCUACUGGAUUUCCAAGACAAGCAGCUACCCAUUCUUAUGUUGGCGGUGUUAGAAUGAACUUUUCAAUGCCACAUGUAGAAAGUAUAGGAUUAGGUGGAGGUACAAUUGUAAGAAAUAGCAAUCACAAUGAAAAGGUCACAAUUGGUCCUGAUAGUGUUGGGAAUGAAAUUUUAGAAAGAUCAAUUGUUUGUGGUGGUGAUUCCAUCACCGUUUCAGAUGUAACUUUUGCUUACAAUCAAGAUCUGGACAUCCAUUUUGGUAAUUUUGACUUAGUAAAAGAAAGAUUCUCAUCGUGUAUGAUCGAAGAAACAAGGGAGGGAGUAAAAAGAAUGUUAGAGACGAUAAUUGAUCGUAUGAGAACUUCACCAGAACCUUUACCUGUAUUGUUAGUCGGCGGUGGGUCAUUUAUUGUUCCUACCGAACUUGAAGGAGCUUCAGCAGUUCAUCGUCCACCAUUUUAUAGUGUUGCAAAUGCAAUUGGAGCUGCCAUGUCUAAAAUUUCAGGAACAAUUAAUUUGAUUAAGGUUUUACCUGCUGGAACCAUAUCAAAGGAAGAUUUUCUUAAACAAUGUAUUGAAGAUGCUAAAGAUAUUGCUCAAAAGAGAGGUGCAUUAAGGGAUUCUACUGUAGUUAUUGAAAUGUCUCAUGAUCCUAUCCCUUACAUUGCCGAUACGUUUCAAUUCCACGUCAAAGUUGUUGGUGAGGUUGAUUACUCAAAUCUCAAGAGUGCUUUUGUAUUCGAGGACACAUCUAUUAGUGUUGAAUCCGGUGGUCAAAUAGUUAAAGAAGUCGGAGAAGUCAUUGAAGACUUUUCUAUCGAUAACAUCAAUCUCAAAGAGUAUAUUCCUACAAUCAAUUCCAAUAAUGAGUGGAUAAUUAGUGAAGUCGAUUUAGAAUUUUUUAGAAUUGGAACAUAUAUUUUGGGAUGUGGUGGAGGUGGAACACCUCAUCCAUGUUUCUUAGAUAUUCGUCAUUUAGUUAGAAAUGGAGACACAAUUCGUAUCAUCGAUAUGAAAGAUAUUAAGAAAUAUAUUAAGGGUGAAGGUACGAUUAUUCCAGUUGCUUUCUGUGGAUCUCCUACGGUUGCUGUUGAGCAAUUAAAGGCACAAGAACUUUUGGAAGCAACUACUGCAUUAUCGAAUUUUACCGGUCGUCAACCAGAUUUAUUCUUUCCAUUGGAGAUUGGAGGAGGUCAAGGAUUCACUGGAUUUGAAGUAGGGGCUUCUUCUAGAAUGAAUAUUCCUAUCGUUGAUUGUGAUUUGAUGGGUAGGGCAUAUCCUACAUUAUGGCAAACUACUUGUAAUGCAUGUCUAGACGAUUACAGUUUUAGUCCUGGAGCAGUUAGUAACAGUAAUGGUAAUAGUCUAAUUGUCAGUGAAAUAGCCAAUAAUGUACUUUUUGAAAGAGUCGUUAGAAUAGCUCUAACUGAAUUGGGAACAUUCGUGGGUGUAAUUUCAAAUCCUUUGAGCCAUCGUCAAGUUGAACAAUGUGCAGUAGCCAAUUCUCUUUCCUUAGCCUGGAGAAUUGGAAGGGCUGUAAUUCAAGCGAAACAAGAACUGGAUAUUGAAAACUUACCAUCUAGGAUUAUUGACGCCGUUGGAGGGCCUCAAGCUGGAAAACGCUUGAUGACAGGAAAGAUCAUUGAUGUUUUUAGAAAGCUACAUAAAGGAUACGUUUUUGGAGAAGUUUUAAUAGAGGAGGUUGGAAGCAAGAGACAAAUGGUUAUCCCUUUCAAAAAUGAAAAUAUCUAUUGUAAAGUUAAGAAUGACGAAGAAGAUCCAGGUGAAAUUGUAUGUUCCGUGCCUGAUUUAAUUUCUGUAAUAGAAGUUGAUACUGGGGAAGCUGUUGGAACUCCAGAUUAUAAAUAUGGGUUAAUGGUUCAUGUUCUUGGAUUUGCACCAAGUCACCAAUGGACGUCUACUAAAAAAGCAUUUGAUAUCGGCGGACCAGAGUCAUUUGAAUUUUAUGGGGUUGAAUAUAAGCCCGUGGGGGAAUAUACUAAGCCAGUCUCAGUAAUUGAAGAGUUCGGAAAAAAGCCAUAACAAUUGUGCUAAAUUCCUGAUUGGAUAAAAUAUCUAAGAAGUCUGCAGUUCCAAGGUGGCGAACAUCGUUCUAGAUUUAUUUUCAAUAUAUUACAUAACAAUUUUAUUUGCUAAUGUAGUUUUAAGGUUAUACUUGAAAUCUAACUAUCACAUAAAGAGGCUUACAAAAAUGAUUUCAAUUUAUUUUCCUAUAAUCUCUAACGGGUAAUAAAGCAAAUUAAAUCCACCCAACCUCUAGCCGCAUUAUAAACUAAAUUCAGCUAAAAUUUCUUUAUU